GAGGCAAACAGAUGAUUCGUAUACGGUAUGCUAUUUCUCAUUCCCCUCUACAUGCAUGCAUGCAGCGAGUGACUAUCUGUUCAGUGCACUGCGUAACUAUCGUAUGGUUUGUAAAUGCUCACGCCUGAAACACCGCCCAAUGCAACCCAACGUUCGUUUGUGGCACGCAAAGAAUGCUUCGCCCUCGACAACCAUUCUUGUUUUCUCUCUCUCUUCUUGUCUCUUUCUCUGCGCAACCCUCGUCGAAAUGUAUAUGCAAGAAACCCAAAAAAAAAUAAAAGAGAAAAAUGCAAACUCCGAUAAAAUGCAGUGAGUGGGGAUAAAAGCAGUUGUACUCCUUGAACACCUCCCAAUGCAGACAGGACCAUGACUCCUUCAAUGCAUGUGAUG